CACACUCACUGUGUGUAUUAUAUAUAUAUAUUUUUUAUUUUAUUUUAUUUAUUUAUUUUAUAUAUAUAUAUAAAUAUAGUAUCUGCAGAUUCUGAUUCUCGUCACUAUAAACGUAAAACCUUGGAGAAGAGAAUCUGAUUUUCUUUCCCGAUUUGAAACGCUCGGUAGAAUCUCUUUGAAAAUUCGCCGGCGGUGAGUUGCGCCGGCGCCGGCGAAUAUUCCCUUCUUUUUUUUUUGCUGAAGAUUCGUUGGAAUAGAUUUUGGUCACAGCUCAUUGAUUUGAUUUACCUAGGGUUUUGAGUUCCCAUUUUUGACUCAUAAUACACAAAACGGAAGAGAGAAAAAUAGCGAUUUGGAUGCAGAUGCUAAAUUCAACUGAUUUCGAGUAGAUUUUGAUGAAUUAGAGCUUUCGUGACUAUUUCAGGUACCAAGGAAAAGAAAGUUUUUUUUUUUUUAAAAAAAAAGUAGAAGAAAAAUUAAAGGGAAAUGCUGACGUGUAUAACUUGUAAGCAAAAAAUAGAUGAUGAUGGAGGAGAAGAAGGUCCACGUGGGACCCCUAAUACUAAAGAAUCAGUCAAAAGCUUGACCGCCCAGAUCAAAGAUAUUGCAUUAAAGGUCUCUGGUAAAAGCAGCAAGUCUAGUACACCAACAAGUGGUUACAGGAGAGGAGGGGGCAGAGCAUAUCCUGAUUUUGAAACAAUUUCAGAGGAAGUUCCAUAUCAACCUGGAAGUUCAAGUUCUACUCCAGCUUGGGAUUUUACCCGUAAUCAUCGAACUCCUCGAGCAGAUCCAAGAUUUGUCGGAGGAUAUGGUGGUGGUGGUGGUGACGAUGAAAAGAGAGAAUCCGUCUACUCUCAGACAGGUGAUAUGGUGCUGCCAGAUGAGGAGGGGCCAAAAGAGUGGAUAGCUCAGGUGGAGCCUGGUGUUCAGAUUACUUUUGUCUCACUUCCAACUGGUGGAAAUGAUCUCAAACGAAUCCGCUUUAGUCGGGAUAUGUUCGAUAAAUGGCAAGCUCAAAGAUGGUGGGGUGAGAAUUUUGACAGAAUUAUGGAGCUCUACAAUGUCCAGAAAUUCAAUCAGCAAGCUAUGGACACUCCUGGGCGGUCUGAGCUUGGAAGAGAUUCCAAUUAUUCAAGGCUUGGAUCACCUAGGGAAAGCAAAGAGUGGACUCAGAGAAAUUAUAGACCAUCCAGCAGCAGUCAAUAUAACUAUGGAGGGCCCAGUUCUUAUGCCUCCGGCUUUCCAAAGGGUGAGAUGUCAUCUAUGGAUCCAUCAAGGAUGACAACUGAUUCAAGAGACGAUGCUUCAGUAUCCAUGAGCAUUGCUGGUGAUGGAGAGUCAGAAUGGAUAGCAGAAGAUGAGCCAGGAGUAUAUAUAACCAUCAGACAACUAGCUGAUGGAACUAGAGAGCUACGGCGUGUAAGAUUCAGCCGCGAAAAAUUUGGGGAGGUGAACGCGAAGCAGUGGUGGGAACAAAACAGGGAUAGAAUACAAGAUCAAUACCUUUAAAGCAUGUCUUUUUUUCCAUACUAAGUUGCUGCCAAUAUCCUAAGAAUAUUUAUUAUCAAGGUAUUCCCUGGGAAAUGCAACAUUUGAGAUCCAAUGUAGAUUCAACUAUCGAUUCAAUCGUGUGAUCGAGGAGGUUCAGGUUGGAGCACCACAACUCCUCUCUUCUUGAGAAUUCAUACAUCCCUUAUCAGUGUACGAACAUCUAUCUCUCGAGCAUUGGUUCUUCAUAGUGAUUAACUUAAAACUCACCUUGCACGAUAUCGUCGGGCGAUUCAAGCACCAUUCUUGGCAUUGAAAGAAAUUACACCAGACUCAUAUUGAAGUAUAUAGUUUUUUUGCAGUUGGAUUGCUUCAUUCUACAAAAGAAAGCUCCUAAUCACUUUUUUGAUCUCUAAUUAUACCUGAAUUUUUUUUGUUUUUGACAUUCUUUUUUUUUGGGCUUUAUUUUGCCUUCAGUUUUUUGCUUGAAUGGCUUGGUGGAUCUUCUAGUUUUUACUUAGAUGUUUGUAACACAAACUUUCUAUUAAAGGAAAUGGAAUCAAAAGCUGAUGAUGCUUUUAG